AUGGUUUGGGAGCAUCUAAAUAUUGACAAGGCCCAUAUUGCAUAUGCUGUAAUUGGUGUCUUCACUGUUGUGUUCUCUUUGAUAUCUCUUAUUGUCAAGGAGAAGCUCUACAUUGGUGAAGCAACAGUUGCUACCAUUUAUGGGUUGAUUGUCGGACCCCAUUGCCUAGACUGGUUUGCCCCAACAACAUGGGGAAAUAGUGAUUAUAUCACCUUAGAACUUUCUCGAAUAACGUUGGUUGUACUGAUCUUUGCGGUUGCGGUUGAAUUGCCAAAGAAAUAUAUGUUGAGACACUGGUUAUCUGUUUUCAUAUUAUUGGUACCAGUGAUGACCGCUGGCUGGUUGAUUGUUGGUGCCUUUAUUUAUCUAUUGAUUCCUAACUUGAAUUUCUCAGACUCUCUUAUUAUAUCUGCAUGUAUUACAGCCACAGAUCCUGUUUUGGCUGCGGCAGUUGUUGGUAAAGGGAAGUUUGCCCAAAGGGUUCCAGGUCACUUGAGAAAUAUCUUGUCUGCUGAAUCGGGGUGUAAUGAUGGUAUGGCUUUCCCUUUCAUUUAUUUAGGUCUUAAUUUAGUGAUUCAUCAUGGCCAUGCUGGUGAAAUCAUCAAGGAUUGGAUCUGUGUUUCUAUUUUGUACGAAUGUGUAUUUGGUUGCAUUUUGGGGGUGAUUAUUGGAUAUUGUGGCAGGCACGCAAUUAAGUUUGCCGAGGCACAUAACUUGAUUGACAGAGAGUCAUUUUUGGCAUUCUAUAUUGUCCUUGCCUUAAUGUGUGCUGGGUUUGGCUCAAUGUUGGGUGUCGACGAUUUAUUAGUAUCAUUUGCGGCCGGUGCGACUUUUGCCUGGGACGGAUGGUUUGCCAAAAAGACUGAAGAAACCCAUGUUUCUACAGUAAUUGAUUUGUUAUUAAAUAUGUCAUAUUUUGUUUAUUUCGGUGCCAUCAUCCCGUGGGAACAAUUUAAUAAUCCUAGUAUUGGCACAGACGUAUGGAGAUUGAUUGUUUUGGCAAUUGUCGUUUUAUUUUUGCGUCGUAUUCCAGCAGUUUUGGCACUAAAACCUUUCAUCCCCGAUAUCAAGACUUGGAGAGAAGCGUUGUUUUGUGGCCAUUUUGGUCCGAUUGGUGUUGGUGCAGUGUUCGCAGCGAUCUUGGCCAGAGGUGAGUUGGAAUCCGUGGACACAGACAGUAAAACUCCAUUAAAAGAAUUGCCUUUACCUGGCUCACCAAAUUAUCAGUUAAUUGCCUGUAUUUGGCCGAUUGUCUGUUUCUUGAUCAUUUCUUCCAUUAUUGUUCAUGGUUCAUCUGUGGCGGUUUUUACUUUGGGCCGUCAUCUCAACAGUAUGGCAAUUUCGAUGUCUUACACUGCCACCAAUACUGCCAAUACCACUGGUACUACAUGGCUUAAUAGGUUGCCUAAAUUGGAUACCAAUGGCAGAUCAUUUUCUUUGCAAAGAGUUGACACUAAAGCUAUCAAACGCAAGUCGAAAAAGAAGAAGAAGAAGAACAAUAAUGAUAAAGAUGAUGAUAAUAUCGUUGCCCAUGAACAAAUAUUACCAGCUAAUACUAUUGAAACAAGCGGUAUAAAGUACAGACCUGCUGGCGGGAUGGAUAAGAAAAAGAGAAGAAAGAGAAGGCAAAAUAGAUUAUCGAAACUGCAAUCACGCCAAGAUUAUCUCGAGAAGCGUAGACCUGCAGCAGAACAAUUCUAUUUAUCCAAAGACAAGACUACCGAAAAUAAUGGCGAAACCGAUAACGAAAAGAACCAAAUGUUGGAAGCGGCUGCUGCUGUUGAAAAUAAGACUCAACUUGAUACCAGUUCUGGAGAUGAAGCCACUGAUGAAAAAUUGGAAAGCUCAUCUUCCGAAAAACAUCAGAAACUUAUGGCUUAUGGUGAAGGCAACAAGAUCAUUGUUGAAGCCAAAAAUGGAGAAGUGAUCGAUACCAUUAAUCUUGAAAAGAAAUCUCACGCCAGUGAUAAUGAUGAGGACAGUGAUAAGUCUUUUGAUUCAGAUGAAGAAAAAACAAGAUCAAAGAGACGUCCUCUUUCCAGAGUUGCUUCUGCUAUCAGUAACAAAAGUGGCUCUCCGCUGUCACUCACCAGGAUCAGCUCGGCUAAGCAGAUGAAAAACCUCGUACACACUUUAUCUGGCCGGAAGAAGGCUUAUGCAUAUAAAGUGGAUAACUAUUUGGUGAUUGAAAACGAGGAUGGCGAGGUUGUUAGACGAUAUGAAAUUCAUCAACAUGAUAAGGAUGACGAUGGUGCUAGUAUUGACCUUAAACCUGCCUCAGGAUCCCUUAUGGGAAAGACCUUGAGUGCUGUAGGAUUGAAGAAAUUGACUUCCGAUGGGCCUGUUGAGGGCGAAAACUCUAAUAAGAAGGUUAAUUCUGCAACAUAUAAGACCGAAAAUGAUGGUGAAGAGGAGGCUGAUACCGAAGCAGAUGAUGGUGAUGACGAUGACGAUGACGCCACUAGCUCUGAAGAAGAACUGGACGAAUCAGAACCCGACGAAGAAACUGAAGUUGAAAAGAGAAGAAGAUUGGCUGCCCUCAGUAAGAGCCCUUUGCCAAGGGAUGAGAAUGAUGAAGAAGAAAGCUAA